AUGCCUCUUCAUUCUACUCUGUGUGAGAUUGCAAUUUAUGCAAAGUCACAGAAAAAAAAUUUUUUAAAGUACAUUUUAGCUGUAAAAAAUUGUCAUACAAGACUUUUCACGUCUGUUGGAUCCUUUGAAAAGACGGUGAAAAUGGAUAGUGAAUAUAGUGUGAUUACAGAAGGAAAAGCCAGCAUUCUUUUCCCCCAAAAUAACAAAGUAUUCUACAACAAUGUUCAACAAUUUAAUCGUGAUUUAUCUGUCGCAGCUAUUAGAAUUUGGAGUGAGAUAUUUUCAGAGGAAAAACAAAAAAAGGCGCAGCAAAAAAAGGAUUCAGAUAUAAAAACUCAAUGUAAUAGUUCACUUACUGAAUGCCUACAUCAUAUAAGACAGCCAUCAAAGACAUAUACUUUCACCAUUUUAGAAGCGUUGGCGGCCAGUGGAUUACGGUCAAUUCGUUAUGCAAAGGAAAUUUCCAAUAUUAAAUACAUAGUUGCUAACGACUUAGAUCUUGAUGCCGUGAAUUUGAUUAACAGAAAUGUAGAAUAUAAUGAAUUAAGCAAAGAUUUUGUUAGAGCAAACCAGGGAGAUGCUUGUUCCGUGUUGUAUCAACACCGAAACUUUCCUGAUCGAUUUGAUGUUAUUGACCUUGAUCCAUAUGGAACAGCAGCACCAUUCAUAGAUGGUGCUGUGCAAGCUGUGGAAGAAGGGGGCCUUCUUUGUAUUACUUGUACCGAUUUGGCUAACCUUACUGGUUCAAAUUACCCUGAAAAAUGUUAUGCAAAUUACGGUUCAAUCCCUGUAAAAGGAGAAUUCUGUCAUGAAAUGGCGCUCCGCAUUCUCCUUCAUACACUUUCAACAUCUGCAGCCAAAUAUCGUCGUCAUAUCAUUCCAUUAUUAUGUUGCAGCAUUGACUUUUAUAUUCGUAUCUUUGUUCGAGUCGUCACAUCACCUGUUGAACCACUUGCAAAAGUAACAGGAAAAAACUCAUUUGUGCCAAUUACAGGGCCGAUUGUAAAUAGUAGCUGUGAACAUUGUGAAAAUAAGUUUCAUGUAGGUGGCCCAAUAUGGUCGCAUUCUAUUCAUGAUAAAAAAUUUGUUCAUAGAAUGCUAGAACAUAUCAAAGAGUCAAGCAAAGAAACAUAUCAAACACAUUCAAGAAUGUUGGGUAUGUUGUCUGUUGUCAUGGAGGAAUUAGAUGUUCCUCUUUUUCACAGUCUUCCCACGCUCGCUGGUACGCUUCAUUGUACAAAUCCACCGUUAAAAAUAUUUUGUUCUGCCAUCUUAAACAAAGGUUACAAAGUUUCGGCAUCGCAUGCAAUGCCAGGAUCGGUGAAAACAGAUGCACCUAUGGAUGUAAUUUGGGACAUAUUUCGAUCAUGGAUACAACUCCAUCCGGUUACCAUGAAAAAUAUUAAAGAAAAUUCCCCUGCUAGGAAGAUAUUAGCUGUUGAACCGAGUUUUAUUGCAGAUUUUACUAUCCACCCAAAUGCUGAGCCAACCUCGCGCAAAAUAAAGUUAGUUAGAUACCAGCAAAAUCCUGAAAAGUUUUGGGGACCUAAGGCUAGAGCUACUGGAAAGCGAAAAGUUAAAGAUGUUGAAAAUGAUGAAAGCACCGAACAACUUCCAUCUGCCAAAAAAAAAAACAAUAAUUGA